UUUGAGGGAAGGCCAAGGGAUGAUUACAAACCUACUCGAGGUGAUAGAGCAGAUGUCAAACGUCCAGAAGAUAAUCUACGGCCAGAAGGUUCAUUCGAGGGCCGUCCAAAAGAUGAUUACGGUCCUAAACGCGCUGAGAAACCAGUAGUAAAACGUCCAGAAGACAACUUGAAACCUGAGGGAGUAUUUGAAGGGAGACCAAGAGACGAUUACAAGCCGACUCGUGGUGAUAGAGCUGAUGUUAAACGUCCAGAGGAUAAUUUGAAACCAGAAGGCCCAUUCGAGGGUCGUCCCAAAGAUGAUUAUUCUCCUAAACGUGCUGAACGUCCUAAAGUAAUACGCCCUGAAGAUAAUUUACGGCCAGAAGGGCCAUUCGAGGGUCGUCCAAAAGAUGAUUACAUUCCUACGAAAGGCGAUAGAGCUGAUGUCAGACGUCCCGAAGACAAUCUGAGACCUGAAGGUCCAUUCGAAGGUAGACCCAAAGAUGAUUACGGUCCUAAACGUGCUGAGAAACCAGUAGUAAAACGUCCAGAAGACAACUUGAAACCCGAAGGAGUAUUUGAAGGAAGACCAAGGGAUGAUUAUAAGCCAACUCGUGGUGAUAGAGCUGAUGUGAAGCGUCCAGAAGAUAAUUUGAAACCAGAAGGACCAUUCGAAGGUCGUCCCAAAGAUGACUAUUCUCCUAAACGUGCCGAACGACCAGAAGUUAAACGUCCAGAGGAUAAUCUCCGUCCAGAAGGUGAUUUCGAAAGACCAGAAAAAUCUCCGGUUGGUCCUGCUGAACGUCGUUCACCAAUUAAACACCCAGACAAUCUUAAACCUGAAGGUGAUUUCACUGGUAGGCCCAGAGACGAUUUUAAACCAACGAAAGGUGAACGAGCUGAUGUCAAAAGACCUGAAGAUAAUCUCAAACCAGAAGGUCCCUUCGAGGGCCGUCCGAAAGACGAUUAUGUUCCAGUUCGUGCUGAUCGUCCUGAAAUUGUCAAACGCACUGAUAAUCUUCGUAUGGAAGGGGACAUUGAAACUUACAGGUCUCGUGACGAUUACACCGAUUUUCUUAUCCGUGAACGUGUUGAAGUUACAAAAUACGAGGACAAUCUUCGUAUGGAAGGUGUGUUCACUGAUACCAGAACCAGAGAUGAUUUCAAGAUUGUCAGAGGUGAUCGUGCAGACAUCAUCCGUCACCCAGAUAAUCUCAAAUCUGAAGGACCAUUCGAGGGUCGUCCCAAGGAUGAUUAUUCACCGAAAAGAGCUUCGCGUCCAGAGAUAAAAAGACCUGAAGAUAAUUUGAAACCAGAGGGUGAUUUUAUUGGUCGUCCGAAAGAAGAAGCACCCAAACGUGGUGACAGAGCUGAUAUCAAAAGACCAAAAGACAAUUUGCAUCCAGAAGGUGAUUUCGAAAGACCAGAAAAAUCUCCAUAUGGUCCAGCCGAACGUCGUUCGCCAAUCAAACACCCAGACAAUCUUAAACCCGAAGGUGAAUUCACA